AUGUCGACAGCACUUCUACGCUUGCCUGUCUCACUGAACUCUUUUCAGACGACACUCUGCUACCAAAUUCCGAAUCCCGAUACCGGUCUAUUGGGCCAUAUACACGCUAUGCUUUCAAGAUACGGGGGCGUGUGGCACAUGGGUGCAAGCACCCAGAUUGACGCCCAAAAGUGUUACCAGUAUACCAGAAUUCGAAAGUCACAAACUACCUGUGGCACAUGGGCUGCAACCUUCCCUCCUUUUGGCGCCGGCUAA